CUAGGGCUGUGCUGAUUCCUCCUCUUCUCUCCCAGCACCUCACUUUCCCCCUGCUGUGGGUCACCCUCCUGGUGUCCUUUGGCUCCUCCAUGCUCUAUGGCUACAACCUGGCUGUGGUGAACUCGCCGGCCGUGCACAUAAAGGCUUUCUACAAUGCCACUUGGUCCCAGCGGUAUGGGCAUGGGCUGGCCCCUGGCCCCCUGACCCUCCUCUACUCCCUGACUGUCUCCAUCUUCGCCCUGGGUGGGCUGGUGGGCUCCUUGCUGGUUGGAGUGCUGGUGGAGCGAUAUGGCAGGAAUGGCACGCUGAGCCGCAGUGCUCUCUUCAUCCUCAUGGCCGGUGGCUUCAUGGGCUUCAGCCGGGAGCUGGGGUCCCCCGAGAUGGUGAUCAUUGGCCGCUCCAUCACAGGGCUCCACUCAGGUAUCUGUCUCAGCGUGGUGCCCCUCUACCUGGGAGAAAUGGCACCCAAGAACCUGCGGGGUUUCCUGGGCCUCAUGCCCAGCAUCUUCACCUGCCUGGGGGUUUUCUUCGCACAAGUCCUGGGCCUCCCGGAGCUGCUGGGCAAGGACCGGUUCUGGCCUCUUUUCCUCUCGGUGGUGGUCAUUCCCGCCUCCCUCCAGCUCAUGCUACUGCACUGCUUCCCCGAGAGCCCGCGGUACCUGCUGAUAGAGAAGAACGACAUCUGCGAGGCCACCAAGGCACUGCACAGGUUCCUGGGGACACCUGACGUGCAGAAUGUGAUCGAGGAGAUGAAGAAGGAGCAGCAGUCACUUUCCUCCGUGGAGAUGGUCUCCGUCUGGCAGCUGCUGCGGGACCGCUCUGUCCGCUGGCAAACCCUCUCGGUGGUGGUGGUGAAUGCCGGCAUGCAGCUCUCAGGGAUCGAUGCUAUCUGGUUUUACACCAACACCAUCUUUGAGAAGGCCGGGAUCCCUGUAUCCCAGAUCCCCUACACCACCGUGGGCACCGGCGCCAUUGAAGUUGUUGCUGGGCUGAUUGGGUGCUUUACUAUCGAGAAGCUGGGCCGGCGGCCGCUCAUCAUCACUGGCUUCUGCGCCAUGGGCAUCUGCUCGGCUGGCAUCACCGUCUCCCUGCUGCUGCAGACCGACUUGCCCUGGAUGCGCUACGUCAGCGUCGCUUGUGUGAUCGGCAUCAUUGCUGGCUUCUGCAUGGGACCAGCCGGCGUCCCCUUCCUGAUGACGGCCGAGUUCUUCACGCAGUCACACCGCCCAGCCGCCUACAUCGUGGGGGGGUCCAUCAACUGGCUCUGCAACUUCACCAUCGGCUUCAUCUUCCCCUUCUUGCAGAUGUCAGCCGGUGCCUUUUGCUACCUGGUUUUCUGUGGCAUCUGUCUGCUGGUGGCCCUGUAUGUCUACCUCAUCAUCCCCGAGACCAAGAACAAAACCUUCAUGGAGAUCAGCCACAUCUUCGCCACCCGUCGCUCCUUUCUCUCCAUUCCAGCCCACCUCAUCGGGAUGAUGAAGCUUGAUGGCUACGGGGCCUUGGAGAGCAGCUCCCUGGAGAGCUUGGGCUCCAGCCGGACCUGA